AUGUUACUACUCUUUUUGAUAUGUAUUCUGGGAGAAACGACGGCAACAAAUACGACGGUUAGACCUUCUUGUGAGCGAGCACCACAACACGCUCAGCCAGCCGAUGCUUACUACAAGUUAAGUGUUGCUGGCGAUCCCGAUCUAUUCCUGCCAGGAGAGCUAUAUACUGUGUCUUUGCAAGGAGUGGAUAGUGGACAAGGACCAACACCAUUUGUGGGGUUUGUGAUAUGGGCCGAAGUGGUGGGAGAUUCACAGAACGAUAGUAAAAACGGUACUAUUAAUACAAAUACUUUGGCGUACGGAGCCUUUCAAGCAUAUGAUGCACAAACUAAGCACCUCGAGGAAUGCAAACCAGCGGUCAAUAACGCCACAGCACACUCAAAAACGGAAGUUCAAGUGAUAUGGAGCGCUCCAUCAAUCGUAGUUGAUUCCUGCGUCCGGCUUUGUGCACGCGCAUCUCACGUAGAAGGAACUAAAACUUCUAUAUUAGCUCGGAAAAUAUGUCCUGCUCCAACUGGAACUGCUAAUCUUAGCCGACAACCACCAAUAAUUGAACCUUGUUGUGCUUGUGAUGAGGCCAAAUAUGAAGUUACAUUUGAAGGUCUAUGGAGUCGUAACACACAUCCUCGCGAGUUUCCUCCAGAAAGUGCUCAUGCACAUUUUGGUGACGUAAUCGGUGCAUCGCACACCGCACAGUAUCGAGUAUGGCAGGAAGGUAGAGUUGCCAGUAAUGGUUUACGACGCUUAGCAGACGAUGGUACUACAACUGCGCUUGAGAAGGAACUUAAAGCAGAGAGUGAUCACAUUCGUACGAUUAUAAAAGCUCGAGGUAUUUCAUGGCAACAAGUUGCUGGAGGUGGCAUUCCUACCACUUUUGCGGUGUUCCGAGUGGACGCUAAAAAUCAUCUUGUAUCUUUGGCUUCAAAAUUAGCUCCGUCUCCAGAUUGGAUUGUGGGUGUAUCAGCGCUAGAGUUAUGUAACGCAAAUUGCACUUGGAGACGAUCUGCAACUUUACCGCUCUAUCCGUACGAUGCUGGAACAGAUAAUGGCAUUAAUUACACAUCACUACGUAGCCCAACGAUUCCACCCACUCCAGUAAGAGCGCUUCGACCAGACUGGCCUCGAGAUGUUCGAUCUCCAUUCUUUAACCCUAACGGCGAAAUGCGGCCGUUUGCUCGACUUAGAUUGAAUAGACUACGACUUUACGAAAAAAGCUGUGAAGUUAUAGAAUCUGGUGGGUUGCAACCAACGGAUGGGAUGGUGAGUGGAGCGGGUGGGUCGUGUGCCACCCACGCGUGGGAGCCGUGGGGCCCGUGUAGUGUAACGUGUGGGACGGGCCGCGCCGCGCGCCAACGGCACUACGUAGGGCCUGCACGGGCUAAAGCCGACGCCUGUCGUACUGCACUUACCGACUACCGCCCUUGCCAUGGACCGAGACUUCAUUGCAGAGUGCAGUCGGACUACGAGCCGGAAGCGGCGGAGUCGACGGGCCCGUGCGCGUUGUCCGCGUGGUCCGCGUGGUCGCCGUGCGCGGGAUGCGGCGUGCGCGCGCGCACCCGCCACUACCUGGCGCCGCGCGCGCACAAGCGCUGCAGCGUGGGCUUCCGCGCACGCGCGCCUUUGAGCCAGGCGAUGCCUUGCGACGCCGGCCCUUGCUACAAACCUACGGGGGAGUUAGCUAACGCUACAAACUACGAUUGGUUUUUUAUAGAUAACCCUCGAUCAGAGUGUCCGAUAACGUCAUGGGGUAACUGGUCUCCGUGCUCAACGCGUUGCGGGCGAGGUCGUCGUAUACGCACACGACUCUACGUGUCACGUGAUUCCCGCGUACAGAGGCAACUAACAAAGCGUUUGUUAAGAGACUGGAAUAUGCGAUUUGCUGAACUGCAAAAUAUUGAGCUUCCGUAUGAAAAUAUAACAAGUGAUGAUCCGACAGUCGACGCUCUAGUACAGGAACACUUAGAUCGUUGUCAAUUCACAAUGACGCAGCAAGAAGCGCUCUGCGAUGGAGACGACAGCUCGUGCGAGAAUGAAACCAUAUCACAAGACGUUUGCAAGUUGCCGGUAUCUGUGGGUCCUUGUCGCGGAUACGAAGAGCGAUGGUUCUUUGAUACUACUCGAGGAGCUUGCGAACCAUUCGGUUAUACGGGUUGCGGGGGCAACGCCAAUAAUUUCAAGACUAGGGAGGGCUGUCAGCGCGUUUGUACUGCGUUGAAUGAUACGGAUACCGCUGUAACAUCAUCAUUAGAAAAUAUAACGAAGAGAAUAAAAGCGACUCCUUCGACUGAAGACAACGAGGUAAUGGCGAACGAUUCUCCCGGAUCUGAUACAAGUUGCGAGACGGGUCCUUGGCUCGGCUGGAGCGAGUGUUUCGGUGAUUGCGAGUUUGCCGUCAAACUAAACUACCGACAUGUACUGCGACCCGGUUCUGGAGUAAGUAAGUCUUGCCAUAAAGUUGUAAAAAGUCGUAUAUGUAAGCCCGCCCACUGCAGACGGCUUCUUUUAGCCUUCGCCAACUCUUCCGAUACUUACCAAGAAGAGCGCGAUGACAAGUAA